AUGGGCAAGGAGGACAAGACCCAUCUCAACGUCGUUGUCAUCGGACACGUCGACUCUGGCAAGUCUACGACGACUGGCCAUCUUAUCUACAAGUGCGGUGGUAUCGACAAGCGUACCAUCGAGAAGUUCGAGAAGGAAGCCGCUGAGCUCGGCAAGGGUUCCUUCAAGUAUGCGUGGGUUCUUGACAAGCUCAAGGCCGAGCGUGAGCGUGGUAUCACCAUCGAUAUUGCCCUCUGGAAGUUCGAGACCCCCAAGUACUAUGUCACCGUCAUUGACGCCCCCGGUCACCGUGACUUCAUCAAGAACAUGAUUACUGGUACUUCCCAGGCCGACUGCGCUAUCCUCAUUAUCGCUGCCGGUACUGGUGAGUUCGAGGCUGGUAUCUCCAAGGAUGGCCAGACCCGUGAGCACGCUCUUCUCGCCUACACUCUGGGUGUGAAGCAGCUCAUCGUCGCCAUCAACAAGAUGGACACCGCCAAGUGGGCCGAGGCGCGUUACCUGGAAAUCAUCAAGGAGACCAGCAACUUCAUCAAGAAGGUUGGCUACAACCCCAAGACCGUCGCUUUCGUCCCCAUCUCGGGCUUCAACGGCGACAACAUGCUUGACGUCACCACCAACGCUCCUUGGUACAAGGGCUGGGAGAAGGAGGCCGCCAAGGGUGGCGCCAAGAUCACCGGCAAGACUCUCCUCGAGGCCAUCGACGCCAUUGAGCCCCCCAAGCGUCCCACCGACAAGCCGCUCCGUCUCCCCCUCCAAGACGUGUACAAGAUCGGUGGUAUCGGAACGGUCCCCGUCGGCCGUAUCGAGACUGGUAUCCUCAAGCCCGGCAUGGUCGUCACCUUCGCUCCUUCCAACGUUACCACUGAAGUCAAGUCUGUGGAGAUGCACCACGAGCAGCUCACCGAGGGUGUCCCCGGUGACAACGUUGGCUUCAACGUGAAGAACGUCUCCGUCAAGGAAAUCCGUCGUGGUAACGUUGCUGGUGACUCCAAGAACGACCCGCCCCUUGGCGCUGCCUCUUUCUCGGCUCAGGUCAUUGUCCUGAACCACCCCGGCCAGGUUGGUGCCGGUUACGCUCCCGUCCUGGACUGCCACACCGCCCACAUUGCUUGCAAGUUCGCCGAGCUCACCGAGAAGAUUGACCGCCGUACCGGUAAAUCUGUUGAGGCGAGCCCCAAGUUCAUCAAGUCUGGUGACGCCGCCAUCGUCAAGAUGGUUCCCUCCAAGCCCAUGUGUGUCGAGGCUUUCACCGACUACCCUCCCCUUGGUCGUUUCGCCGUCCGUGACAUGCGUCAGACCGUCGCUGUCGGUGUCAUCAAGAGCGUCGAGAAGGCUGUCGCUGGUGCCGGCAAGGUCACCAAGUCUGCCGCCAAGGCUGGCAAGAAAUAA